UUUUAUUUUUGACUGGGCAACCAGACCGCACACAUAAACACCAUUUACCUCCGAAAUCCACCAUUUCUCUCGCGCCCAAUUAGCCCCCUCUUCCCGCAACAUCUCUCUCCUUUUCUCUGUAAUUUUUUCCGUUUUCGCAUUUCUUUCCCAUUUUCUGGAUUCAAUAAAUCGCUGCAAAAUUCGUCGCCGUUUUCCCCGAUCCUAUUUUCCCCCAGGUAACUCAGUGUAUAUGCUAUAUAUGAAUUAUUCAUAGAGCUAUAUUAUAAUGGAAGAAGAAGAGGAGAGGAAGAAGGAGGUUGAAACGAUUUCCAGCAAGGAUUCAGAUAAUCAUGAGGUGGUGAAUGGUGUACAGGAAAAAAUUGAUCCAUCACAUCAGGAAACUAUUAAUAAUGCUGAUAGUGAUGUAGCUGAUGUGAAACAAAAUAGCAUAACCUCGCAAGUGGUCGAUUCUGUCACUACAGUAGUGGAUGAAGAUCAUUUUGAGCAGGUUUCUUUGAAAGAUCAGGAUAAGAUUGGUGCAUCUCAAGGUGUUCACGUGGACUCUAAUCAAUCAUCAGUUUCAGAUAUUGCUAGACUAUCAUCUGGUCAGUUUGAAGAUGCCUCACAGUCAUUUACAGCAGAAUUGAAUUCUUCUGUAGGUGAUGAAAUGCGAUCUGAUCAGUCUUCCUGGAGCCCAGUGAAGGACAGAAAAUUUAGUCACAAGCCAUCUAUGUCAUCUUCUAGUUUUGAUUCUGCUUUUUAUGGGGAUGCAGGUUAUUCUCCUGCUGGUUCACCUCCAAAACCAAGGCCAAAACCUGCUAUGCCAAAUGUAUCUCCGGAGUUAUUGCAUUUAGUGGAUUCUGCCAUCAUGGGGAAGCCUGAAAGUUUGGAUAAACUGAAAAAUAUUGUUAGUGGUGUAGAGAGUUUUGGAAGUGGGGAGGAAAUGGAUGGCAUUGCAUACUUGGUGGUUGAUUCACUUAUUGCGACAAUGGGCGGCGUUGAAAGUUUUGAAGAAGAUGAGGAUAACAAUCCUCCUAGCGUGAUGCUGAACUCUCGGGCUGCCAUUGUCUCAGGUGAGCUUAUUCCUUCGCUUCCUUGGGUUGGUGAUAGUGAUGUUAUUAUGUCCCCUCGGACACGGAUGGUCAGGGGGUUACUUGCAAUUUUAAGGGCUUGUACAAGAAACAGAGCCAUGUGUUCAAUGGCUGGUUUAUUAGGAGUUCUCUUGAGGUCAGCAGAGAAGAUAUUUGUUCACGAUGUUGAUUCUCCGCUGCAAAUGAGAUGGGAUGGAACUCCCUUAUGUUAUUGCAUUCAGUACUUAGCAGGACAUUCACUCAGUGUUAUUGAUUUGCACAAAUGGUUUCAAGUCAUUACCAGAACACUUACCACUGUAUGGGCAACCCGUUUAAUGAUUGCACUGGAGAAGGCAAUGGGUGGAAAGGAGUCGAGAGGCCCAGCAUGUACUUUUGAGUUUGAUGGUGAAAGUUCGGGUUUGCUUGGUCCGGGGGAGAGCCGUUGGCCUUUUACCAAUGGGUAUGCGUUUUCAACGUGGAUUUACAUUGAAUCAUUUGCAGAUACAUUAAAUGCAGCAACCGCUGCUGCAGCAAUUGCUGCUGCUGCCGCUGCCAAGUCGGGAAAAUCGUCUGCCAUGUCAGCUGCUGCUGCUGCCAGUGCCCUUGCGGGUGAAGGCACGGCACACAUGCCACGACUGUUCAGUUUCUUAUCUGCUGACAAUCAGGGGUUUGAGGCAUAUUUCCAUGCACAGUUUUUGGUGGUUGAAAGUGCGAGUGGAAAGGGUAAGAAGACUUCUUUACACUUUACGCAUGCAUUCAAGCCGCAGUGCUGGUACUUUAUUGGUUUAGAGCAUACUUGCAAGCAGGGGAUGCUUGGUAAAGCAGAGAGUGAAUUAAGAUUAUAUAUUGAUGGAUCGUUGUACGAAACUCGACCUUUUGAGUUCCCUCGGAUCUCUAAGCCGCUUGCGUUUUGCUGCAUUGGGACAAACCCUCCUCCUACAAUGGCUGGUUUACAACGUCGACGCCGGCAAUGCCCUUUGUUUGCUGAGAUGGGGCCUGUUUAUAUUUUUAAGGAACCAAUUGGCCCAGAAAAGAUGUCACGUUUGGCUUCUAGGGGAGGAGAUGUGCUUCCUUCUUUUGGUCAUGGGGCAGGGCUGCCAUGGCUAGCAACAAAUGUGCAUGUGCAAAAUAUGACAGAAGAAAGUACAUUAUUGGAUGCAGAGAUAGGAGGAUGCAUUCACCUUCUCUAUCACCCCAGUUUGCUGAGCGGGCGAUUUUGUCCAGAUGCUUCCCCUAGUGGUGCAGCAGGCAUGCUUCGACGACCAGCUGAGGUUCUUGGGCAGGUACAUAUUGCUACUCGAAUGCGACCAAUGGCAGCUUUGUGGGCCUUUGCCUAUGGGGGUCCUAUGUCCUUACUUCCACUGACAGUUAGUAAUGUGGAUAAAGAUAGCCUGGAGCCACAACAAGGAAAUCCUCAUUUGUCUUUGGCUACCACAGCUCUCGCUGCUCCAAUAUUCCGAACUAUUUGCUUGGCUAUCCAACACCCUAGUAACAAUGAAGAGUUCUGUCGUACCAGAGGGCCAGAGGUUCUAUCAAGAAUCUUAAACUAUCUAUUACAAACUUUGUCUUCACUUCAUGCUGGAGAGGAAAAUGGUGUGGGAAAUGAGGAACUUGUUGCUGCCAUAUUAUCCUUGUGUCAAUCCCAGGAGAAGAAUUAUGCACUUAAGGUGCAGCUUUUCAGUACAUUGCUUUUGGACCUAAAAAUUUGGAGCUUAUGCAACUAUGGGCUACAAAAGAAGCUUCUUUCAUCACUUGCAGACAUGGUUUUCACAGAGUCAUCAGUAAUGCGAGAUGCUAAUGCCAUUCAGAUGCUUCUAGACAGUUGCAGAAGAUGUUACUGGACAAUUCGUGAAAAGGAUUCAGUGAAUACCUUUUCUCUUUCACAUAAUGAGACCAGACGUCCUGUGGGUGAAGUGAAUGCUUUGGUUGAUGAACUCUUGGUCAUUAUUGAACUCCUAGUAGGAGCAGCACCCCCUUCAUUGGCUUCAGAGGACGUUCGUUGUUUACUGGGGUUCAUGGUUGACUGCCCACAGCCUAAUCAGGUUGCAAGGGUAUUGCAUCUGAUUUACAGGUUAGUGGUACAGCCAAAUAAAUCAAGAGCACAAACGUUUGCAGAGGCGUUCAUAGAUUCUGGUGGUAUAGAGACUCUUCUAGUUUUGCUGCAACGAGAAGCCAAAGCUGGUGACUAUACUAUUCCAGAAUCCAUGACCAAGGAUGACGAGAUUUUGUUUGUACAGGGACCCGAGCCAGUUAGUAACACUGAUGCUUAUGAACAAGUUCAGGAUGAUGAAUCAUCAGAGGGAAAUGACCUCAAUUUGCAUGAGAAAAUUGGUGAAUCUACCCCUAACAGAGGUAGCAGUCCUCUUGCAGUUUCCCCUGAUUUGAAAAUUGGAAGAACGACUUCUGCUGCAGAAAGUACUUUUACAAAGAAUCUGGGUGGUAUAGCUCUAUCCAUCAGUGCUGACAAUGCAAGGAAUAAUGUUUACAAUAUCGACAAAAGUGAUGGGGUGCUUGUGGGCAUCAUUGGGCUCUUAGGUGCUUUAGUUGCAUCAGGGUAUUUGAAAUUUGGUUCACGAGCAUCGUCGGAUAUGGCAAACACUCUUCUAGGUAGUGCACUGAAUGAUGGAGGUGGUACCAUGUUUGAAGAUAAAGUGUCUUUGUUACUUUUUGCUUUACAGAAGGCUUUCCAAGCAGCGCCAAACAGGCUUUUGACCAGCAAUGUAUAUACAACAUUGUUGGGGGCGUCGAUCAAUGCCUCUUCAAGUGAUGACGGAAUGAACUUCUACGAUUCUGGUCAUCAAUUUGAACAUAUGCAACUUCUUUUGGUUCUCCUGCGUUCACUUCCAUAUGCAUCCAAGGCUUUGCAAAGCCGAGCGCUACAGGAUCUUCUGUUUUUGGCUUGCAGUCAUUCAGAAAAUAGAAGUAGUCUGACACAAAUGGAGGAAUGGCCUGAAUGGAUUCUUGAGAUUCUUAUCUCUAACUAUGAGAUGGGUGCAAGCAAACAUUCUGAUUCUGCCAGCUCAGGAGAUAUAGAGGACCUUAUACACAAUUUCCUGAGUAUCAUGUUAGAGCAUUCAAUGCGCCAGAAGGAUGGCUGGAAGGAUAUUGAAGCUACAAUUCAUUGUGCAGAGUGGCUUUCCAUUGUGGGUGGCUCGAGCACUGGAGACCAACGAGUUAGACGUGAAGAAUCGUUGCCCAUAUUUAAAAGGAGGCUUUUAAGUGGUUUGUUGGACUUUGCAGCUAGAGAGCUCCAGCUUCAGACUCAAGUUAUUGCUGCAGCAUCUGCUAAUGUGGCAGCGGAGGGUUUAUCACCAAGCGAUGCUAAGGCAGAAGCAGAGAAUGCUGCUCAGCUUUCUGUUGCUUUGGUAGAGAAUGCAAUUGUGAUACUAAUGCUUGUCGAGGAUCAUUUACGGUUGCAGAGCAAACUAUCCUGUGCUUCACGUGCACCAGAUAGUUCUCCAUCUCCCCUUUCCCUUGUCUCUCCAAUGAAUAACCACUCAAAUUCGCUGAGUACAGUUGUGGAAGAUUCCAUUGGAGCUUCGGGUGAACGCAAGUCAUUAUCUAAUGAUUCUGGACUUCCUCUUGAUCUUCUUGCGUCGAUGGCUGAUGCGAAUGGUCAAAUAUCUGCAGCAGUGAUGGAACGUCUUACUGCUGCAGCAGCAGCUGAGCCUUAUGGAUCUGUUUCCUGUGCUUUUGUAUCAUAUGGAAGCUGUGUUAUGGAUUUAGCUGUGGGGUGGAAGUAUAGGAGCAGAUUGUGGUAUGGUGUUGGUCAUCCAUCAAAUACAGAAGCCUUUGGUGGUGGUGGCAGUGGUCGGGAAUCUUGGAUGUCUGCACUGGAGAAGGAUGCAAAUGGAAACUGGAUUGAGCUUCCUUUGGUAAAAAAGUCUGUGGCAAUGCUCCAAGCAUUAUUAUUAGAUGAUUCGGGACUUGGUGGAGGACUUGGCAUAGGAGGUGGAUCUGGUACUGGAAUGGGAGGGAUGGCAGCACUCUACCAGUUAUUGGACAGUGACCAACCAUUCUUAUGCAUGCUCCGAAUGGCUCUUCUUUCAAUGAGGGAAGAAGAUGAUGGUGAAGACAAUCUGCUUAUGAGGAAUGUAAGUAUAGAUGAUGUGAAAUCAGAAGGGAGGCAACCACGCUCAGCAUUGUUGUGGAGUGUGCUUUCACCUGUUCUGAACAUGGCGAUUUCUGAUUCCAAGAGACAGAGAGUGUUGGUUGCUUCCUGUGUUCUUUAUUCUGAGUUGUAUCAUGCUGUUGGCAGGGAGAAACCUCUCCGUAAAAAGUACCUUGAAGCCAUUGUACCACCAUUUGUUGCUGUUUUGAGGAGGUGGCGGCCACUUUUGGCUGGCAUUCACGAACUAGCAACUGCUGAUGGUUUCAACCCUCUUACAGUUGAAGAUCGUGCAUUGGCUGCUGAUGCCCUGCCAAUAGAGGCUGCUCUCGCUCUGAUAUCUCCAGCUUGGGCUGCUGCUUUUGCAUCACCGCCUGCUGCAAUGGCACUGGCGAUGAUAGCUGCUGGUGCCUCUGGUGGAGAAACUCCAGCUCCUACAACAACUUCUCAUCUUAGGCGUGACUCCUCAUUGCUCGAGCGGAAAACUACUAAGCUUCACACAUUUUCAAGUUUUCAAAAACCUUUGGAGCUGCCUAACAAAUUACCAGCUCUACCCAAGGACAAAGCUGCUGCAAAAGCUGCUGCCUUGGCUGCAGCUCGUGAUCUUGAACGUAAUGCCAAAAUUGGUUCUGGGAGGGGUCUCAGUGCUGUAGCAAUGGCCACAUCUGCACAGCGGAGAAGUGCUAGUGACAUGGAGCGGGUGAAGAGAUGGAAUGUUUCUGAAGCAAUGGGAGUUGCCUGGAUGGAAUGUUUGCAGCCAGUUGAUACGAAAUCUGUCUACGGAAAAGAUUUUAAUGCUUUAUCGUAUACGUUUAUUGCUGUACUUGUUGCAAGUUUUGCUUUAGCAAGAAACAUCCAACGAUCUGAGGUUGACAGACGCUCUCAAGUUGAUCUUAUUAGUCGUCAUCGUUUGGGCAAUGGAGUUCGUGCAUGGCGCAAACUCAUACAUUGCUUGAUUGAGAUGAAGUGUCUUUUCGGGCCAUCUGGAGAUCAGUUAUGCAAGCCUGCACCUGUUUUUUGGAAGCUAGAUUUUAUGGAAAGUUCAACUAGGAUGAGACGAUGUGUAAGGAGGAAUUACAAAGGUUCUGAUCAUUUUGGUGCUGCUGCCAAUUUCGAGGAUCAUAAUAAGAUGAAAGAACGAGAAAAUGGCAUACAUUCCUCAAAUGCUCCUAUUCUGGCAGCAGAAGCAAUAGCUGUGGAAGCUGUCAAUGAAGAUGAUGAACAGGGGGAAAUUGAUAAUUUGGAUGGCAGAACCCCUAGUGAAGAACAAAGUGGGGAGAAUCAGCCACAUCUGUCUGAAACAGCCGAGCAAAGCCUGCAGUCAACUAUGGAAUUUGGCGAUGCACAAGUUUCUUGUGAACCAGACUUGGGAGAAAGUUCAUCAGCAGUGGCGCCUGGAUAUGUUCCAAGUGAGCUUGAUGAAAGAAUUGUUCUUGAGCUUCCUUCAUCGAUGGUUCGACCAUUGAGGGUCAUACGCGGAACUUUCCAGGUGACAAGUAGGAGAAUAAAUUUUAUAGUUGAUAACAGUGAGGCCAAUGGUGCAGUGGAUGGAUCAGAUUGCACCGAAAUGAAAGACCAAGAAAAGGAUCGCAGUUGGACAAUGUCUUCCCUUCAUCAAAUAUAUAGCCGAAGAUAUCUUCUUAGACGAAGUGCUCUGGAGCUGUUUAUGGUUGAUCGUUCGAAUUUCUUCUUUGAUUUUGGGAGUACUGAUGGACGAAGAAAUGCAUAUCGAGCCAUUGUUCAAGCACGACCUCCUCAUUUGAAUAACAUUUAUCUGGCAACUCAGAGACCCGAGCAACUUCUAAAGAGAACACAACUUAUGGAGCGUUGGGCGAGGUGGGAGAUCAGCAAUUUCGAAUAUCUAAUGCAGCUCAAUACACUGGCUGGGCGUAGUUAUAAUGACAUCACGCAGUAUCCUGUUUUCCCUUGGAUCCUUUCUGAUUACAGUUCAAAGAGAUUGGAUCUUGCUGACCCUUCUUCCUAUCGAGAUCUUUCAAAGCCGGUUGGUGCAUUAAAUGCUGAUCGUCUGGAAAAGUUUCAUGAGAGGUAUUCCAGCUUUGAGGAUCCAGUCAUACCGAAGUUCCAUUAUGGUUCUCAUUAUUCCAGUGCUGGAACAGUUCUAUAUUACCUUGUUAGAGUUGAACCUUUUACAACUCUUUCAAUUCAACUGCAAGGCGGAAAAUUCGAUCAUGCAGAUCGAAUGUUUUCAGAUAUUGCAGCUACUUGGAAUGGAGUCACUGAGGACAUGAGCGAUGUGAAGGAAUUGGUUCCUGAGUUAUUCUACCUCCCGGAGAUGUUAACCAAUGAAAAUUCAAUCGAUUUUGGUAUAACACAAACAGGUGGACUACUCGAUUCUGUAAAAAUUCCACCUUGGGCUGAAAACCCAAUUGAUUUCAUCCAUAAGCAUCGGAAGGCUCUAGAAAGUGAGCAUGUAUCUGCGCAUUUGCAUGAAUGGAUUGAUCUCAUAUUCGGGUAUAAGCAGCGGGGCAAAGAAGCUAUAAUAGCAAAUAAUGUUUUCUUUUACAUUACCUAUGAAGGGACGGUGGAUAUUGAUAAGAUCUUAGACCCAGUACAACAGCGUGCAACACAGGACCAGAUUGCAUACUUUGGGCAAACACCAUCCCAGCUGCUUACCAUCCCUCACUUGAAGAGGUUGCCAUUAGCAGAUGUUCUUCAUUUACAGACCAUCUUCCGGAACCCAAAAGAAGUCAAACCAUAUGCUGUUUCUGCUCCUGAGCGCUGCAAUCUUCCUGCAGCCGCCAUUCAUGCUUCUUCAGAUGCCAUCAUUAUUGCUAAUGUAAAUGCACCAGCAGCAAAUGUUGCAGAACAUAAGUGGCAGCCAAACACUCCAGAUGGCCAGGGUAUGCCUUUCCUCUUUCAACAUGGAAAGGCUACAGCAGGCUCAACUGGUGGAACAUUUAUCCGUAUGUUCAAAGGACCAGCUGGAUCUAGUUCUGAUGAAUGGCAAUUUCCACAGGCGCUAGCAUUUGCUGCAUCUGGAAUUACAAGCUCAGCUAUAGUUGCCAUAACAUGUGAUAAAGAAAUAAUCACUGGUGGGCAUGUGGAUAAUAGUAUUAAGCUAAUAUCAUCAGAUGGAGCAAAAACCUUAGAGACAGCUUUUGGGCAUUGUGCUCCAGUCACUUACCUUGGGCUCUCACCUGAUAGCAACUACCUUGUGACGGGAUCCCGAGACACCACUGUAUUACUUUGGAGAAUACAUAGGGCAUCUACUUCUCGCUCUAGUAGUAUAUCAGAGCCUUCUGGUGGGACAGGUACACCGGGCACAGUCAACGGUAAUAAUUUAUCACACAUAUUGGCAGACAAAAGCAGGAGGCGUCGUAUUGAAGGUCCCAUACACGUUCUUCGCGGCCACCAGAGGGAAAUACUUUGUUGUUGUGUGAGCUCAGAUCUUGGGAUUGUUGUUUCAUGCUCACAAUCAUCAGAUGUUCUCUUGCAUUCGACAAGAAGAGGUCGGUUGAUUAGAAGGCUGCCUGGUGGGGAGGCCCAUGCUGUCUGCCUAUCAUCUGAGGGAAUCGUAUUGACUUGGAAUAAGACGCUCAAUACUCUUAAUACCUUUACUCUUAAUGGGGUUCCAAUUGGCAGAGCUCAACUACCUUUCUCUGGUAGCAUCAGUUGUAUGGAAAUUUCUGUUGAUGGAUGGAGUGCUUUGAUUGGAAUAAACACGUCUUUGGAAAACAACGGCUGGGAUUUGAAACUGAAGAACACAGAGUUUGAGGAUCAGAAUUCAGAUAAAGCUGAGGAAUUGGACGUCCCGUCGCCUUCAAUUUGUUUCCUGGAUCUUCAUACACUAAAGGUUUUUCAUGUAUUAAAGUUGGGACUCGGACAGGAUAUCACAUCUCUAGCGCUGAACACGGAUAAUACCAACCUUUUGGUGUCAACUGUCGAUAAACAGUUGAUAAUUUUCACUGAUCCGGCUUUGAGCUUGAAAGUAGUGGAUCACAUGCUCAAGCUCGGUUGGGAAGGCGGUGGACUGAGCCCCCUCAUCAAAUCAUAGUUUUAGGAAAAGGACUACAGAAGAUACCCAACACUAGUUACGACGAAGGCAUGAACUGCAUUGGCAUGCUAGUUGCCCCUGUUUUGUAAAUCGAGCCAAUUCAUUCGUCUGCAAUUUCGAGCUGUGUUUUGAGUGUAAGAUGUGUAUUAGGUAACCAUCAGAACCCCAGAGUUGCAGGUUAUUAGAGUUUGUUGCAGGUUUUGUUUUUUUGACUCGAUUGAGUUGUAAGUAUGUAGGUUGAGAUGACGGGCUCAUGUCGAUGGAGGCCUCUGGCUGUUCAUUUUUGUUCAUUGAUUUGUUUUGAUAUUUUAGUGAAAGAAAAUAUAGAAGUCGUUUUGGAAUAGGGCACGAGGACUCUUCAUCAAGAGCUAUGGAAACAUGAAUUUUUCUGCGUGUGAUCUAAUAUUUUAGUGGAUGUAGUGUUGGUUUAUACUCA